GCACAGAAAGUAUCGGCUCGUGGAAUUUUACUCGAAUCUCUCCGUAUUUUGCCAUUAUUACCGUACAAAAGUGAAUCUCGUGCGUGCACAAGUAUCUUUUGAGUGUCAUAACGUAAAAACGUAUGGUAUCGCGCACAAUUCGUCUUUAUAUUCGCGAUGCCGCAAUUUCGCUUCAUCCGCGAGACGAAAUCCUGCUCGCGCAUUCCAGGCGCCAUUUUCCCGCCAAAUAUCACGGUCCGUAAUCAGGAACGAAGAGGUCGCUUAGGCUUCGAACAUGAACAUCGUCCCCGGAUUUCUCUCUCCAAUACUCGCCUAGUGUUCUUAAUUAGGGGGAUCUGCGUUAAGAGAACGGGAGCUUUUCGAGACGUCCGUUAUUGCCUCGUUAAAGAGAAUUGGACGGAAUGCAAACUUCUACGCCCUUCAUAUGUAAGCAUUGCUGAUAAGCUGUGCGCGAGAUUUCGAGAUAUCGAACGGGUAAUCGUUGCUUCGCGCGAUUAUAGUUUUCGCAUCAUGCUACGUACGCGAAAUACGCGUGUGAUUCACGCGUCGCGUCGGGAGUGCCGUGUAAAGUUUCGCGCGUCGGGAGUGCCGUGCAAAGUGUCGGGCGAUCGUAAUUAUUCGUGUUUUCGCGAGUGUCGCGAGUGCUACCAAGAGAGGAGGAGGCCCGGGAAGGCAUCGGGCGACGUCAGGGCAGCUGUAAGAUCGCAACGUGUUGUGUACAUAUACUACAACUCCGCUAUUGCAGGUAUCGAUUAACGUAGUCAACUUCCUGUUACACAUGGCGACCGGUAGUUUUGUUGAUAAGCCGCGCGCGAGUUUGUGAGAUUCUGGAGUGCCGAACAAAUCAUUGCUUCGCGCGAUUAUAGUUUUCGCAUCGUUUUUUCGCAUUAUGCCACACGCGUGCGAUUCACGCGUCGGGAGUGCCGUGUAAAGUUCCGCGCGUCGGGAGUGCCGUGCAGAGUGUCGGGCGAUCUUAAUUAUUCGUGUUUUCGCGAGUGUCGCGAGUGCUACGAAAGACCCAGAGAGGAGGAGGAGACCUGGACAGGCAUCGGGCGACAGCGGGGCAACUGUGAGAACAAUAUGCUGUGUACUACUCCGCUAUUGCAGGUAUCG